GAGAGAGCCGGCGGCAAGAUGGCGGCAGCCGGUGCGGCGAGCGCGACGCCGGGACCCACCGUCUGCGUCCUGGUGCUGGGCAUGGCCGGCUCCGGCAAGACGGCGCUCGUGCAGAGGCUGGCCGCCCACCUGCACAGCCAGCGGGCUGCUCCGUACAUCAUUAACCUGGAUCCGGCGGUGCACGAACUGCCUUUCCCGGCCAACAUCGAUAUUCGGGACACUGUGAAGUACAAAGAAGUCAUGAAGCAGUAUGGGCUAGGCCCAAAUGGUGGCAUUGUGACUUCCCUGAAUCUAUUUGCUACAAGAUUUGAUCAGGUGAUGAAGUUUAUUGAGAAACGUCAGACUGCAUCCCAGUAUGUCCUGAUUGACACCCCUGGGCAGAUUGAGGUGUUCACCUGGUCUGCCUCAGGCACCAUCAUCACCGAAGCCCUGGCAUCCUCUUUCCCAUCGGUGGUGGUUUACGUGAUGGACACGUCUCGCAGCACCAGCCCUGUCACCUUCAUGUCCAACAUGCUGUAUGCCUGCAGCAUCCUGUACAAAACAAAGCUCCCAUUUAUUGUGGCCAUGAACAAGACGGACAUCAUUGACCACAGCUUUGCCGUGGAAUGGAUGCAGGACUUUGAAGCCUUCCAGGACGCCCUCAGCCAGGAAGCCACCUACGUCAGUAACUUGACCCGCUCCAUGAGCCUGGUGCUGGAUGAAUUCUACAACUCACUCAAGGUGGUGGGCGUCUCUGCUGUCCAGGGGACAGGGCUGGAUGAAUUUUUUGAACAGGUGGCCAAAGCUGUGGAUGAAUAUGAAAGAGAGUAUCGCCCAGAGUAUGAACGCCUAAGGAAGAAACGUGGAAGAAUGCAGAGCCAGCAACAGCAGGAGCAGCUGGAGCGUUUGCAGCGCGACAUGGGCCCCCUUGCCGUGGAGAGCAGCUCUGCAGUGUCUGGCUCGAUGGCAGAGUCUUCCUUGGGCUCUUCAGCCCUCAUCCUGACGCGAGGCGCUUUGGAGGAGGAAGAGGAGCAGGAGGAAGCCCAAGAGAGCGAUACGGACGACAUUGACCACGAGGUGACUGAGGAAAGCCACGAAGAGCCUGCCUUCCGGAGCUUUCUACAGGAGGCCAAGCUGCGCUACCCCGCCAGAAACAGCCACUAGGGCGCGAAGAGGACAGCCGCCACUGCCACUGCCGCCACGUGGAUGCAGGAGGCAGAGGGAGCGCCCGGCCAAGCCCCUCCGGGACAGUCCCUGGCUCUGCCGGCACCCAGGACUCUCGGGCCUUUCCCAGGGCUGCCUUUGCUUCGGGGGUGGGGCUGAAGCAGCGGGCGGGAGGUGCCUCUGCAGGCCCGGAGGGCUCCGCCUGCUCCUCCAGUGGGCCUGAAGCAGCUCUUUGGGAAAAGCCUGUGAACGGGGGGCCGGCAAUCCACUCUGCCACGUGUGGUGUAGUUUUGUUUUGUAACUUAUCAACCUGAGAAGACAUCUAUUUUGUCAUAAA